AUGCGUCUAAUUCACUGGCCGUUAAUCGCCGUAUCUCUCGCUGUAUCCGUCUAUGCGAAGGACACUAGGCAAACAUGCAUUGCGCCAUCGUCUGUUGCUGCUUUAGAGACGAAAAUCAGCGAUCUCGAGCAAGUAAAUACCAAAUUACAGCAUCAAUUGAAGUCAGAAAAGUCCCAAUUGUUAACGGAUGUCACUAAAGAGCAUGAAGUAGUUGUUUCUACGCUGCAGAAGGAGAUUGCAAUGCUUCAAGAGAACGUGAAGACACUCGAGAAGGACGUACUUAAGGAGAAAAAGACGGUGGAAAAGGUGGAGCACGAGUUAAAGACGGUCCAAGAGAAGCUUCAAGACGAGACGACACGGUUGGUGUCGCGUGAGCGGGAUGUCACUAAACUGAGGGAAAGUCUUGCCAAGGAACAAGAAAUUGUAGCGACCACAGAAGCGGAACUUGAGGCGGCAUUGACCAAAUUAUCAGAAGAGACGAAACGGACACAAGAGCUGGAAAAAGAUCAUGAACUUGCAGAGAAGAAGAAUCAAGCACUGCUGAAGAAAUUGGCUAAUUUAAAGCCCGAGGAACUGAAUAUGGCUACAGUAUUGUCAUUUUACUAUGACAGUGCAUUGGAAUUAGCACAACAGUCGGUUGUCUUUGCUCAGGAGAAGAUGAAAGAACAAUCGGAUACACUGGAACAGGUGCAGAGCAAGAUUGAAGGUGUCAAGAAGACGGCGUAUGAUACAACGAGCAAGUUUUACCAAAAAAACUUGGCGACCACUUUGGAUCCGAUUCUAGAGGAUGUUCGCAAGAAGACGGAUCCAAUCUUGGCUGAUGUACACAAGGCAGUGAACCCACAUGUGGAGCAGUACUUGCCAAUUGUGAAGAAUGAAGCUGGGAAGGUAAAGGAGCAAGCAGUGUUGUACUCACGGGAAGCACUGCGUCGUGCCAAGCUGGCACGUGUAACGGCAAUUACUCUUCUGGAGAAGAAUGAGCACGUGGCUCCUUAUGCGCAGAAAGUGAUUGACAGUGUGCUGAUCAUUCUGGCAGUGCCGCUGGUUCUGUUUCAGAUCCGCUUAGUGAUGCGUCUAGUCUGGUGGCUUUUCACGACGGCUCUGUGUGUCAUGACGUGUGGGUUGUGCUGUGGCACGCGUAACCGCAGCUCGAAAACGAAGCGCAAACUUGUCAAGAAGUCGACUGUUGUCAACGCAAGCCUGAAUGCACCUGUGAACGGCCCCACGAAAAAGACGACUAGUGGCAAGGCGGCUUCGACUGCCCAGAAGCGCAGCAAAAAGAGCAAAAACUAA